UCACCGUGAAUGUAACCUUGAGACGAAACAAGCUAAUAUAGAAAUGGAGGUUACCUACCAUUACCAGUUUGAAUUGAGGAGAUGAAACAUGUAGAAUGAUGGCAUGGUCCAUCGUAGACCUUCUACCAACGCGCUGCACCAGACACUUGAAUGGUCGACAGCAGCUGAAGUGGUUGGUGCUUUACUCUGCACUCUUCUGCCUCAUUUGCGUGUCCUUAUUAAACAAAAAAUUCUCCAGCUUCUUCGGGGGCCACAAGGUCAGGGAUGUGCCAAAGGACAGUGCUCAGCUUAUCCUGCGACGCGACAAUGACAAAGAGCCACCAGACCAACUUCUCCUUGGUACAAAUGACUUUAUAUACAAGGGACAGAAUGCUUCCAGCCAAAGAACUCUCACAGAUGACAUCCCACAAUUCAAAGUGCCUCUUGUGGACGAUGGUUUCGAUGAGGAUGCCAAGAAGAGAGAGAAAGAAUUGGCUGCCAUCGAGAAAGGAAAAGAUGGGACACAAAACAAGAGAACGAAAUUUGAAUUUAAAAAGGGAGAACCUAAUGAAAGGACAGGAGAAAGUGUAGCGGCAGAAAAUGCUGCCCUCAAACAAACUGAUGCAAAUGAAAGAGAGAGAUUUAUUUUUAGACCCAAACCAUUUACUGUGCAGUACUACCAUAGCGUUAUAGAUAAUGAGCCUUUUACAAAUAGAUAUAAUACAUGUGCAAUAGUUUCUAGUUCUGGUCAGCUCCUGGGCAAAAAUUCUGGGCCUGAAAUCGACAGUGCCGAUGCUGUAAUUCGGAUGAAUGCUGCACCUGUGAAGGGCUUCGAGAGCGAUGUCGGGACACGGACGACAAUCCGUGUGGCAUGCUUCAUUUCAUCCAACCACCUGACUUCGCAGGCGGAGACCAUCUUCAGAGGGGUGGGGGCGCCAGAGAUUGUUUUCUUCUGGGGUCUUGAGGCGCCCAGGAGUAAGAGGAAAGCUCAAUCAGUGCCUAAAGUUACAAGCUUGCAGAGAAAGUUUAUGAACAUACGCUUCUAUUCCCAACGCAACGAGGGAGAGUUGGCAGCGAACAGACUUUUUGAGAGGGAAACCGGAGCUAGCAGGAUGGAAACCAACAGCUGGUUAUCAACAGGAUGGUUCACUGUCAUGACUGCUCUAGACAUCUGUGGAGAAGUCAAGGUCUAUGGCAUGGUACCUGAUGAUCACUGUGUAUAUUUUGAGGAUGAACAAGUCAAGUACCACUAUUACCAAACUGGCUCCAAUCCCACGGAGUGCACGUACUACAAGGUGCAUGAAGCCACGCCCAAAGGUGGCCACCGCUUCAUGACGGAGAAAGCCAUCUUCGCUCGCUGGUCCCAGAUGUACAAUUUGACAUUCCAUCACCCAAGCUGGAACCGGAGUCAAGACCAGGCCUCCAAGCAUCUUGAUACCCCCUUCACCAAGCUCUUCCACUUGAAAGUGCACCCCGUUAAAACUCAAGGAAGAAUGUUUCAAAUGUUUUCUAGUUCUUACACUGUUCAUAAUAAGGAGAUGGGAUUAGGUGUAAAGUUCACGCUGAAGGGAGAGGAAUGGGAAUAAAGUAUUUCCAAAGAGGAGGUCGUUCCAGAGAGAACAGAGAGAGAGCGAGGAAACAGGAAACGGACACAUCAGCCAUCAUUCUAUGUUUUGUCAUCAUCCUGGGCUUACCAACUCUCUUCAUAGUAUGUGGCAUCUGCAUGUCGCAGCUCGGCGAGGAGGAAAUCGAAUAUCCACAGUACCGUCGUCACCGGCGAGUCCACUACCGCGAGCGCUACAACUAAAUCACAACCUCAAUCGUCCAAAGCACCACAUGUCACUUCCAUUUGUCUGCAACAAGUAUCUCCACUGCAACUUGUGUCAUUGUGUAUUAUGUCUGUGCUGUUUUGGACUGGUCCAUGCUUAUGUUGUACAAGGAUGAACCAUUACCGUGUCCAUCGAUGGACAAACUACCACCAGGAACCAGUAAAGAGAAGAUGAUCCUGAUUCUUCAGAGGCUCUAUGUCAUCUAUCCAUCUCUUCACCUGUGUCCCAUCUUCAAUCAAAUCCUGGUCACAGAUCCAGAGAUGUUAGGUCUUGUUCCAAACUUCUAAAAAACUUCUUUGAUGACAAGGAUACACAUCUUCAGUCUAUCCAUAUCUUCACCAAUGCCCUAUAUUCUACCAGAGAUGUUAGAUCUUGUUCCAACCUUUAAAAGAAGACUUUGAUGACUUGGAUGCGCCUUCUAAGAGACUUUAUGUUGUCGUUUGCACAAAGUCUUCCAAGAGGCCUUUAAAAAAAAAAAAAAGUUUUAUUUUAAUGUUUGAACUCAACCGUCUAUAUUCUCACACAAUUUCAGAGUCUUGACGGUCUCAAACGUUUCCUUAGCGAUUAGCAGUAUUAUUUUAAGAAAAUUUGAUUCAAUCAGAUUCUUUAGCCGAAAUAGAAAUUAUGUUUGUCAGCUGAAAACCUCUUCGGAUGGUUCAUGAAAUUAAUGGCAAUGUCAAUUAUGCUCAUCUUGGUCAGUACCCCAUUUGAGAUAACCCAGAAGAGUUAGUGAAUCUGUGAAGUAUCACUUGAAACCUCAACUUAAUAUUAGCAUUUGAAUGAUAUCUUAAUUAGGUUUAUGACCUUGUAUCACUACACACAAUUUAAGUACUGUAGUGCAAAAUAGCUGGUAGUCAUUACAUACGUGUAUAUGUCAAUAUACCAAAUAACCAUUUGAGAGAUCAAAGCAAGCUUGUUUAAAUGUAUGCUUAUGGCAUUAUAAUGAUCUAAUAUUAGAUGGUACAUGUAGAUGUUUAGUGUGUAAUAUAUUUCUAAUCUGGCAUUGGGAGAGGCACAGAUAUUGAUUGUGUGCAAUCACAAGUCUCUAGUUUUUCAAAAUGUUUGAAUCAAAAUUUCUCUAUGAUUUUUAAUGCAUUAAGUGCCAAGUUGUCACAUUCUUUUACUUAAAAAUAAAAGUUCUUUGUUGUGCAAUUAAACCACUUUCGAUUGUGCAUAUUUUCUAAACGGUUACAUUCAGUGAUAAAUGUUUGGUGUUACAAACCUAAUCAAGGUGUCAUUCAAAUGCUGUUGACUUGAACUUAUUUCUUGUUUUCCUUAUGAACAAACAAGAAAAUUGUGUUCAUUUUUUGACAAACCAAGUAUUGGCGAGAUUCAUUCGAUUCAGGCUUGAAGCAACUUCUCAGAGGGGGAAAAGAGUUGGUUCUUAUGAUCUGUCAAAGUCAAACUGUUCCCAUAUAUUCUUAAAGAUUUAGAAUCAGAUCAAAUGAAUUAAUACUGAGCUGCCAACCAUUUGAAAAAAGUUUAGGGACUUCAAACUGUUUACCAAAAUUAGAAAUGUCUUCAAAUUAAAGAUUUGAGCAGGAACAGGCAGCUGGCGUGCAUGCAUUGAAAUUGAAUAAACUCCAGCACCGAUUGUGAUAUACAUGUAAAAUAUUAUGUCAUACAUGUAUAUACUUGCUCUAUUUGUAGACAUCUUACACCUUUAUAAGUGUCCAAGUAAAUCUUAUUGAAGUAAGAUUUACUGUAUCUUUUCAUUUACGUCUAUUCACAAUGUGCACCAUUUACAUUUAUUAGCAAAUAUGUCUCACGGUGCAAUGUUCUAGCACUUUUUCAAGGAAAUUUGAGAAACCAUGUAAAAAAUUACUUGUUUUACCUCAUAUUUGGAUCAAGGUUGGCAGUCUUUGUAGUAAAACCUUCAGAAUCUUUUAUUGUGACAUACCCCUCCUACCAUGGUUGUCAAAGCAGAGCAUUAUCUUUCGUUUGGGAGGGGGGGAUGCAACAACAGAUGUGUCCCCCCCCCCCGACAUCCAUGCCUCCUACAAUCAACCUGACAAUCUCUAUCGUUUUUUCAUUUUACAUUUAGAGAAGAAUUGUUGAUGUUGGAAUCUGUUGUUUCGGUUGUGUUUGAUCCAUGGUACUAGUACCAUACUCCAAGACCUAUGUAGAAAGUGUAUGUGGUUAUUUUUGUGAAUAUAGUUGACCUGGGGCCCAUAGCAGAAAGUUGCAAUCAAACAGAGAAAUACAUGCAGAUUUCCAAAUUCAACCAAUCAAAAGUAUACAAUUAAAACUUGCCUUUGAUUUUUGUUAAUAGGUCUUUCUGCAAUGGUUCCCAGGAGUUUUGUCAUUCCAGUUUUUAGAAGCUAUUUUGAUGUGGCUCUUUGAAUCUCCCCUUUUGUCGAAAUAGUAUUUCAUGUAAAUCCAAAACUUUUUAAUUAUAAAUAAAUACUAUGAAUUUAUUUUUUUUUAAGUACACAAAAUGGGGAUGAUUUUUUUUAUGUACUGACUAAUGAUUGCUGAUUUUUUUUAAAUAAUUGAUAUUACUACAGAUAUUCAUGAUAUAAACUGACUAGGGGGGUCAUAGAGGAAGCUAUGAGCACUUGAGAGUCAUGUCUUCUGGACUGACAUUUAAAGUCAUACUCGAGUACUAAAUCUAGCUGGUAUUUCAUAAAGAUGUAUUAAAGUUAUGCACGACUGGUAAUCCUGUUUUUGUGCUAAAUUUGUUACCUCAUUGUUUUUUGUGAUUUUUAUAUAAUCCUAAUAAAAUUUUGACAAAUUGUGCUCUUUUCUAACAGAUGCACAAGCAGAUGAUAGUCAACAUGAUUGUUGCUUAAGAAUGAAUCACCAGCGGUGCAUACAUUUUUGGCAGAUUUAUAAGAAAAAAAAAGACCCCUAGAUUGACAGUCAUCUGUAAAAACUCACGCUUUCUUAUAAAUGACCCUCUUUUAUAGAAAAAAUAUUAUAUGCCAAAGUUUCAAUCAAAAUGUGUAACAUAUUUUAGCUCAAAAAGAUAGUUGGCCUUGCAAAUAUUUGAACCGAUUACUUAAUACCAUGUGAAUUGUGCCAUAUCUGUCUCAUGACUAUUUCAAAAUGUGCAUAUGUUUUUUCCUGAAAGAUAAUCUACGUAGUACAAUCAUUUUGCAGUGUAAGAUAAGAGUGUGCUUAGCAGUUUUGCAGUAUUUUUAUGUGCGCAAAUUUUUAAAAGUACAUAUAUUACCAAAGAUGUUUAUUCAGGUAAAAUAUAAAGUACAUUGAACAUUCUAAUUUAUGCAGGAACAUAAAAGUAUACAAGAAUAAAAACACAAGAGAACAUGAAA